AUGCGAUUCCUCAACUCCCUGACGCCAGCCCUCGCGCUGUUUGCGGCCGGUGCCGCGCAGGCCGCCUCAUCAUGGGGAUUCGACAGUGCCACUGUCUCGAUUACUGGCAAGGGCAAGGAUGCCACCAAAGAGAAGUUGAGCGCGACAUCUCCUCUCAAGACUGCCCUUUCUCUGGGAGCCAAGGAUACUCUCAAGGUCAUCUUGACGGCCAAGGAGGGCGACAAGGCCAAGCGCCCGCAUCAGGCCUUCUUGAUCCUCAAGGAGACCGAGUCUGGUCUCGAGGCCCCCUUCCCCCUUGAGCUUAAGGACACUGGCCGAGGCGUUGUCGACAUUGUACGUUCUCCAUCCUUCUCCAACCCUCAAUGGCAAGUAAGGAAGACUAAUCCUCGUGAACUACAACAGGCCCAGAAGGACCUCCCCGUCCAGCUCCUCCUCGCCAACGAACCCCUCAAGGCCAGCAUCGUCAUCGGCUCCUUCGGUGCCGCCAAAGCCCUCGAAACCACCCUCUUCGACGUCUCCGUGAGCCGCGACGCCAGCGCCGCCGCCCCGACCUACGACGCUCCCCUCCGCUACGGCAAGCAGCCCGAGAUCAGCCACAUCUUCCGCGAGGACCCCCGCAGCCCUCCCAAGAUUAUCUCGCUGGCCUUUGUCAUUGCCGUUCUGGCCACGAUUCCCGUUCUCCUCAUUGGCUGGCUCUCUCUCGGCGCCAACGUCAACCACAUCCAAAAGGCCCUCGGUGCCGCGCCUCUCUCCCACGUCGCUUUCUUUGGAUCCAUCGUAGCCAUGGAGGGCGUCUUCUUCAUGUACUACAGCGCCUGGACCCUCUUCCAGACCCUGCCCGCCGUCGCCAUCGUCGCGACCUCCAUCUUCCUGAGCGGCACCAAGGCCCUCGGCGAGGUCCAGAGCCGUCGUCUUUCCGGUCAGCGGUAA